AUGUUCACUCAGCUCAUCGCCCUCGCCCUUCUAGCUUUGCCCAAGGCCCGAGCUCAUGGUGGAGUACUUGCUAUCUCCAUCGGUGACGCUUGGUACGAUGGAUGGCAGCCGUACGACACACCUGUCGGUCAAACUUCCAUUAUCCGUCCAUGGUCAUCUUACAAUCCAAUCACCGACGCCACUGAUCCCACUCUCUCCUGCAAUGACGAUGGAACGUCGUCAGCCCUGCAGCUAACAGCUCCCAUCACUGCUGGUGAGGAGAUUACGGCCUACUGGAAUAUCCCUUGGCCUCAUCCCUAUGGACCUAUGCUUGUAUAUAUGGCUCAGUGCCCUGGAACGACUUGCACUGGCGUCAAUUCUGACACUCUCGAAUGGUUCAAAACUGACGAAUCUGGUCUUAUCAACGGCACAGUCUACGAUGGUUUCUGGGGUGACGGCCUCAUGAUUGCUGACAAUUCCUCUUGGACAACGACUAUUCCGGCUACUAUCCCCAGUGGUCCCUACCUCAUCAGGUUCGAAACGAUCGCUCUUCACUCUUUGCCCGCCCAAUUCUACCCCGAAUGCGCGCAACUCGACGUUUCUGGAGGAGGCACUCAAGCACCAACUUCCUACGAGCUAGUGACCUUCCCUGGUGCUUACUCCAAUACAGACCCCGGAUUGACCAUUGACAUUUACUCGAAUGAGGCACAAACGGAAACCACUUACCCCAUCCCCGGUCCUCCCCUUUACGGUUCUCCUCCACCUUCAUCCACGACCAGCGUAGCUAGCUCUUCUUCUACUGGCUCUGCUACUGGUACCGGCACUAGUUCCGCACCAUCCUCAACACCCACUGGACCAACUAUCCCUGAGUACGGCCAAUGUGGUGGCUCCGGAUGGACCGGUGGCACAGUCUGCGCGCCCCCUUCCACCUGCCAAGUCGUCAAUGCGUACUACUCACAAUGCCUGUAA